UAGCUUUUGGUUGUUGAUUUAUUGUUUGAUUAUUGUUUGUUUUUAUAUGAAUGAAAAUAGUGUACAGGCAAUACAUUUUCCAGACAUGCAAGGAAAAGAGUGGAGUAGCCUUAUUCAUUAAAAAACGUUUUUUCUACCGUUAUAAUGUCUAUGCCUGUAUACGUAGUUAUUCUAACAUUUUUUUAGGCCUCUACCAAUAAUGGAAUAUAUUUGAUUUAUUUGUUUGUUGUACAUUUCCAGACUAUUUCCUUUUGUUAUUUGAAAUUUGAAACCCUACUUAAAAUUCAUUUUGCCUGCAAUUUAGCUAUAUGGGAUGUUGUCUUACAAUUGUAGUACAUUCUAAUGGACAACGCAUUUAAUGUUUGAUGGGGACUGCCAAACGAACAGCUAUUGUAGAGGCGCCGAAUUUGGUGGCACGGUGCGAUCAUGGAUGUAUUCGUACAGUUAGGCCUAUUACGCAUUUGCGAUAACAUCAAUGUAUUCAAUCGGACAUGAGUAAGAAGUCAUUUCAUCCAGCCGUGAUAACAGGGUCGCGUUAAUCGCCAUUUUUGUUGCACAUCCAGAAGCCCACUCCCCCCCUCCCCCACGCAAAUGUAUCCAAUGCGUUGACGGUAGUGGGGCUUUCAUCACUUCAAUGUGGAACAACUGCCUCGGUGCUGGCGGGACAUAGCCUAUAUGAAGAUGGCUUCACCGAGGACAAUAACCAUUGUGGCCCUUUCGUUUGCUCUGGGUCUAUUUUUUGUGUUUAUGGGAACCAUUAAACUCACCCCGAGGUUAAGCAAAGAUGCAUACAGUGAAAUGAAAAGGGCAUAUAAAAGCUAUGCCAAGGCAUUGCCUGGUUUAAAAAGGAUCGGCAUCAGCUCAGUGCUGCUUCGCAAGAUCAUCGGAUCCCUGGAGGUGGGCUGUGGCGUUGUCCUGACCCUCGUUCCGGGAAAACCCAAGGAUGUGGCUAACUUCUUGUUGCUGCUAGUGAUGCUGGCAGUGCUCUUCUUCCAUCAGCUGGUGGGAGACCCUCUGAAACGCUACGCCCACGCUUUAGUCUUUGGCAUUCUGCUCACCUGUCGGCUCCUCAUCGCUCGCCAGAGCGACGAACGUCCCGAAAGGGAGGAGAGUCGAGAGGAACCACACAUCAAUGAGCAGGAAAAGAACAAGGUCAAGCAGUCUUAGUGCAUCACUUUGACUUAGGGCACACUUACAGGGAAGGUGGGAACGUUGCAGUUGGCCUAAUGCUGAUUUUUAGAGGGGAUGUCAGGUCACUAACAAGAAUAUCAUAUUGCCCCUGGUCCUAUCCGGCGGGCUGACAGAUACAUCACUGGUUACACAUUCACCUACUCUUCUGCACUCUUGUUGUGAAUUCCAAAACUCUUUUCCCAUGUUGUCUAGUCAUACCAAUGGACAAUCAUAACUGUGGAAAAUGUAAUGGAAUUGUUUUACUGUCAUGCAAAAUCUUUUAUUAUUUUUUCUUGUGUGUAUUUAUUUGACAAUGAAGUGACUUCUGUUUUUAUUUUCUAAUCUGAUAUGUAUUUUUGUGAAUCAUGUUCAGUUAUCAAUUAUAUAUAGAUUCAAACAAUGUUUAAGUAUCCUUAACAUUGAUGAUAUAGGGAAAAUGAUACAAAUCAACCUUGUUAUAAAAUAUUUAACCAUGUUUCAUUUGGCAUAAUGAUUAGUAAAUUUAACAACAUGACAUAAAUUGGGAACGUAUAUUAUUAGGUACAAUAUCUUAAAGUUGAUCCUUAAUUUAGAAAAAAAACAUUGAAUAUCAUUUACAUUUUCUUAAAAUGAUAUGCAUCUCUAUGCAUGGGAUUAUCCAUGAUGCAUAAACUGAAAAUCGUAUAAUUACUCAUUUCAAUAUCCAAUGCUGAGUUGCUAUGUGUAUGACCGGAGGUGUUGUUUCUGUGACAUAGCCUAAGUCUAUAUUUUCCUUACAGAGAAUUGGAUGUUGCCUUUGAAAUAGUUAUUGUUUUUUUGUACUGUUAAUUGUUAAUCAAGUGUUAUGUUUACUUGUCACAGUUGUUUAAUUUUGGUCUGAAAAGCAUUCCUAUUACAAUUCUUCUUUUGGAAUGAGGUCUUAGUUGAAAAUGUGUUUCAACAUCGACUCUUUCUGUCAAAUGAAAUUGGCAAAAUAAAAAAAUAACAAAUAGAAGGGCA